UAAGUGUCGUUUUGUAAAUUUUCACUCCCUUGCCCGUCGGGUCACGUUCUGCUCGUGAUGAGGAUUUUGGGAAUUGAUCUCAAUGUGGCCAAUCAGCGCCACGAUCCCCAACCAGCAAUGACGACGGCACUGCCAGACACUCGCCUUAUAAUUACGAGAGCAACCCCUCGAAGCGCCAUGAUAUCGAUAACGAACUACGUACCUGAUUGAUAACCCUUCAGCAAGAUGACCCAAAGAACAUCCCCGCAGAAAAUCCCCCGCCUCUCCAAGACCGCCCCUCCUACAACCUCCCCGGCCAACCGCUGGCAAGCAGUAGUCAACCGCGACCCAACGGCUACAUCUUUCGUCUACGGCGUCCUCACGACCAAGAUCUAUUGUCGACCCUCUUGUCCUGCGCGUUUGGCUCGCCGAGCAAACGUCGAGUUCUAUGAUACACCCACACAAGCGGAACGAGCAGGGUUCAGAGCCUGUAAGCGCUGCAAACCGGAGACGCUCAAACCGGCCGUCAAUCCACAAGUCUUGUUGGUGCAGAAGGCAUGCCAGACUAUCAAAUCGGAUAUUAUAUCUGGCAAGAAACCGACGUUGGUCAGGCUAGCUGGGGAGGCAGGGUUGACGCCUAGUCAUUUCCAUCGGGUGUUCAAGAAGGUUACGGGUGUUACACCGGGGAAGUAUACGGCUGAGGCUGUGAGCAUGGGGGCAUGUGAGGAUUUCAAGGGCCAGCCGUUGGAUGGUGAUCCGUUACAGGAUGAGAAGGGGGAUAUGUUCAUGUUUCAACCCUGGGAUGGGGAGCUAUUCGCUGGUUUAGAUCCUUGGUUGGCGGGCUUGGAUGCUGCUGGCGCCGAUAGCGAUACCACUUCGAUGUGGAAUGAUUUUGAUGUUUUGAUAGCCGCGGAGGCUGACUAUUCUUCCUGUCAGGAGGUUUGUCCGCUGAUAGGGGCUGUUCAGCUUGGGUUGUCUGAUCCUAGUUCACCUAAUUCUGGUGCCUGAAGUGGUGAACAGUGAACAGGAUUUCAUUUGUUGGUAUUUAAGCGCGAGGUUCACCCAUGAAGUUAUUGUUAGUGCUUGGCCUGGGACGGGGAUCCUUCCAUAGGGUGUUUAAUAUAAGAAAAUGCACCAAUAGGUUUUUGGGUAUAUUAUUCGCUGCAUAAGCCUUGUAUAUAUGUUAUAUGCAGGCACUGGGUGACCCAUCGCAGGAGGCAGAGGAGCUAAAAAUAUAUUUCCCAACUGCGGAACAAAACACGCGACCAAGAACCUGCGAUAUACGGUGUAUUGUUAGACAGUGAAACCUUGACUAUCAAUACUCUGUAGGAUACCUUCAACCCAUUUACUAGUGCUGCUUAACCCCAGGAG